AUGCAUAGGAUACCCACAUUGUCAAAACAUGUGAGGGAAAUGACUUUUAAAUAUGCUAAAGCAUUAGAAUCAACAAUGUCAUUAGAUUCCAUGUUUUCUAUUGCACCAAGAGCGUUGUAUUUUCGUAAAUUAGAAGAAUAUCGUAAUAAUGGUGAGUGUAAAGUUUGUAUAGGUUUUGACGAUGUAAAAUGGCAUAAUAAACAACAAGAUGAUACAAAGUUACCAAAACGAUCAUGGAAAAAAGAAGUUUCACAAUGGUUAGAUCAGCAUGAAGUUUCAUAUUUGGAUGUAUAUACAAAAUCUGAAUUAUUAGAAUUAGUUGAUGCGUAUGCGCCGAAAACAAAAUAUAAAGUUGAUGAAGCUGCUAAACAAUUUAAGAUUGAAAUUUUAAGAUGA